AUGGCGAUUAUUUAUGCGGUAGUGGCGAGGGGGACGGUCGUGCUUUCGGAGUUCAGCGCGGUGACCGGAAACACAGGGGCGGUGGCGAGACGGAUCCUGGAGAAGCUUCCAUCGGAAGCUGAUUCAAGGCUUUGCUUCUCGCAAGAUCGUUACAUAUUUCACAUACUUAGAUCCGAUGGCCUCACUUUUCUCUGUAUGGCAAACGACACCUUCGGCAGGAGAAUUCCAUUUUCGUACUUGGAGGAUAUUCACAUGAGGUUCAUGAAAAAUUAUGGACGAGUUGCCCACUAUGCACCUGCUUAUGCAAUGAAUGAUGAGUUUUCAAGGGUUCUGCAUCAGCAAAUGGAAUUUUUCUCGAGCAACCCUAGCACUGAUACUCUCAGUCGUGUAAGAGGUGAAGUUGGCGAGAUCCGUACAAUCAUGGUAGAAAACAUCGAGAAAAUACUCGAGAGAGGUGACCGAAUUGAGCUUCUUGUUGACAAAACUGCUACAAUGCAAGAUGGUGCAUUUCACUUCAAGAAACAGUCCAAGCGCCUUCGAAGAGCUCUUUGGAUGAAAAAUGCCAAGCUCUUGGCCCUGUUGACAUGCUUGAUUGUUUUGUUGCUGUACAUAAUUAUUGCCGCUUGUUGUGGAGGCAUCACUCUACCUUCAUGCAGAUCUUGA